CGCGGAAGUUGUGUCCCUCGAGCCUGGGAUGCGGACUGAAGAACCAGAACCAGAACCGAAGUUCUUUCUUAUUUGAAGUUGUGCGCAUGCGCAGUUUAGUUUGAGCCGCAAACGGUGCGAAUAUCAGUUCUUCAUGCAGCGCAGUACAGUACAGUCUUCGUUAAACGAGGAAGUAGCCUAUUUCUCUUUACUUUUGCUCGUGCGUUUUAGGUUUAUUUUGCAUUUCUGUCGGUGCAGAAGAGGAAAAGAUGCCAAGACACGUUUCUAGAGUCAGUGCCCGUAUGCCUCCAAGAAGCACAAUGAGAACUAAUACAGGAUUUAGAGGAAACACACACCACACAACAAGAACACAUUAUAAUAGAGGGAGAGGAGGGGUACGGCCAGACCAGAGAAGAAAUCCUAAUCCAGGAUUUAGAGGGAAAACAAAUCACACAACAAGAACACAUUCUAAUCCAGGUGUUGGAGGAAACGUCCAUCACAACAGAAGGACCAAUCCUAAUCCAGGGAGAGGAGGCGUACGGCCAGGCCAAAGAGGAAAUCCUAAUCCAGGGUUAAGAGGAAAAACACAUCCCACCACAUCGAGACAUCCUAAUUCAGGUCAGAAGACUAACAGUACUGCUCCAGGUGUUAGAGGAAACGUCCAUCACAACAAGAGGACAAAUCCUAAUCCAGGAAACAGAAAGGUGCUGGACAAGAGGAAACUCACUGUUCAGGUAGUCAAGAGCUCAAUGCCACCCAACAGGAAAAGCAUGCCAGUGCUGGAGUUGAUGAAACAGAAACUAAAAGCUAAUCGAGUGUUGACGAUUUGUCCCAAAGUCCAAAGGACGAUUCCACAUGCUGGAAAGGUUCUUCCUGUCCAUAGUGUGCUCCAGAUGCUGAAACAGAGGCUGAAAUCUAAUCGAGUUCUGACUGUUCAUCCGAGAGUCCAACAUAUUACACCUGCUGUGACUCUAAAUCCUGUUCCUGUGGCACCUACUUUCCAUGCUCCAGCACAUACAGUUUCUUACCAACCACAAUAUGAAGUCCAUCAUGACCGAAGAAACAUGACUCCACAACCAGCUGACCACAGCUCUAGCCAACAAGUGGCCAGUAGUUCAGCAGCCUCUGCUCAGAGCCAUAAGCCAGACAACUCUCAAGCUGAUGACGAGAGUAUUGCAGAAAUCACAGACAAAUACCUGCUGUUUCUAGAGGACCACAAAUCCGAGUUAAUUGAUAAAGUGAAAAAUGUAGUUAGGAUAGUAGAUGACCUCGAGCUAUCCAAUGAAAAAGCAGCGAUUGUGCGAGCGCAGUUAACGGACCAGGCCAAGAUGAGGAAACUUCUGGAGUUCACAACGACCAAACGUGCUGCAGAGCGCCUGCUUAAUGUCCUGUGGGAACAAGCAGAUGAUGUCAUGGAGGAUCUUACUGAAGGUGUGGAGGAUGAUGUUGGGUAUGAUGCAGGGGAUGAUGAUAAUGCUGAUGCUGUCACUGAGGAUAAUACAGAGCAGUGAUUCCCUUGGUACAAAAAUAACAUAAAAAUAAUUCUGUAUGUGAAUGAGCAUCAUAAUUAAAGUUGUUGACAUAUAAUGGAAAUAGAAAAUGAAGACCUUUUUAGAUUUACUUUACCAGCAACAGUGAAAUAACCUUUCAAUGUCAUGUUUUGGGAAUAUUUACUAGAGAUACUGUACUAUUUAUUAUAGGAUGACUGACAGAUACUGUGACUGAUAAACAAUUUUUGGCAUUUUACCCAUCUUCAUCAUCUAAUGACAGUUUCUUUCACCGCUAUGCAUUUUUAAUUUUAAUUCCAUCAAAAGUUAUUUACAACCAAUAAGUUUGUAAUGUUUUAUUUAUUUAUUUUAAUGUUUUAUAUGUUAAAAUACCAAUCCCCUUACUUGACUAUUUAAAAAAAGGU